AUGUCAUUUGCAAAUAUCGAUCAAGAAUCAAACUUUCCUUCUAAUAUUAUUGAAAUUGGUUUUCAGGAAGAGGAACAUCUCAAAGAAUAUAAUUUUUGCGUUGACGAAAUUUCCAAAAAUAUAGAUCUUCUUUCGGAUAACACUGACUUUUUACAAAAUAUAACACUUCGUGUUGGCCAAGAAAAGAGCUUAAAUAGUUAUCUGGAGCAAAUCCAAGAACUACAAAAUGCAUCAACUAUAAUUGCUAAGGAAACUGCUUCUUUAAUAAAAAAACUUCAGAGGCUUACAUUAACUCCCCCAAGACUAGAGCAUAAAAAGAGACUGGUUCAAAAUAAGUUAUACAAAAGAUUUGCAGAGCGCUUGGAACGUUUUGAGGCCGCUCAAAAGGCACUUAUUGUUAAGGAGAGAGGCCAAGUAGAUAAAGCUAAAAUAUUAAUUCAAGAUCAAGACGAAUUUUCUUCUGAAGAGCUAAACGAGAGUCAGAGACUGCUUCAGGAUAAUAAACAGACCACUCUUAGUUGGGAUUUACAAAGUAAUGAAAAUUUAAUUGCAAAAAGAGAAGAAGAAAUAAAAGAGCUUGAAAACGCCAUUGUUGAAGUAAAUGGAAUAUUCAGAGAUCUCAGCAGUUUGAUUCACGAUCAACGAUUCCUUGUCGAGGACAUAGAGUCCAACAUCCGAUCCGUCUCGGACAAUGUUAAUCAAGGCACUGAGGAGCUUAGGCGGGCUCAAGGCCAUCAAAGAAAGUCGAGGAAUAAGAUGUGCCUUUCACUCAUAGCAUACGCCUUUCUAAACAAAAGCCUUCGCACGCCGUUAGUGGCUUACAAGCAGGAGCACGCACGCCGCUUAGCUGAUUCCGUAAACCUGGUAGUCAAUUACCCAAGUCUAGUUCCACAGCUAUCCCGUUGCUUUUUACUGAGGAUUGUGUGCGGUCUUUUAAUGUAUCCCAGCGCAUAG